AUGCGCUCUCUCAUUGUUUUGGUGGGAAUCGUGCUCAUCGCGCUUGCGGCGUCGCCGAUUCCGUUCGUCGCGGCGACCUUUGGAACGAAAAUUGAGGCCGGCGGGCGGGAGUGCUACUCCGAGAUCGUCGAGGCCGGCGGUACGCUGGGGUUUAACUUCCGCGUUACGGACGGAGGCUCGUUUAACAUCGACGUGGUCGUGACGACCACCUACACGCCCGCGUUUGACAGCGUUAAUCGGAUGAUGCUCGUGCAUUAUACCGAUUACUACCGGGAGAUUCGCGAUCAACAACGAACGGAGGUCCUCAACACCUGGUCUCGAGCGACGGAGGGAAGUUUAACGUACACGGCGCCAAAAGUGGAGGAAUCCAAACACGGGCUUCCCGCGGAGAUCACCAUCUGUUUUGACAACUCCUUCUCGUUGUUCUCCCCGAAGUGGGUGAGCUUCUCGAUUAUUAAAUAUGACGUAUUCGAGGUGGAUCCGAAUACGGUACGUAAGGUGGACGUGGAAAUGGAGGAAACGCUGCACCACUACGGGAAGGUGAUGUUCAACCUGGCGAAGGAUGCGGAUGGGAUGCGGUUGGCCGGGGAUGCCGACCGCAUUAAGAACCGCUCCACCACCUCCCUCAUCGGCCUCGGGCUGACGAUCAACAUUCUGGUGAUUGUAGUUCUUUCGAUAUUCCAAUAUAACGCGCUAACCCGCUUUAUGAAACAAAUGCAGCAGCAGUGCUUGACAAAUAGUUUGAGGGUAAUCGCUGAGUAA